AUGGCUGCCCCUACCAAGGUCCAGUUCAAAGCAGGCCAACUCACAAUAGCUGCAGAGCUUCAUGCUCCAUCUGAGGGAUCGCCUGACCGCAAAGGGGCCGCUGUCGUUGUGAGCCACCCCAUGGCCGGUGUAAAAGAGCAGACUUCUUCCGACUAUGCCCGAUCGCUCUCCAAAGCAGGCUUCUAUGCUCUUACAUUUGAUGCCGGCUAUCAAGGCGAAAGUUCUGGGGAACCCCGUGGUCUUGAAGACCCUAGCCAGAGAGUUGAGGACAUAAAGUCUGCAGUCAGCUAUCUCAUCAGCCUCGCCGACAAAAUAAACUCCGAAAAAAUCGGUGUUCUGGGAAUCUGUGCUUCUGGCGGGUAUGUCUCGGCCGCAGCGCAAUCCGAUCUUCGAAUCCGGGCCGUGGCCACAGUCAGCGGCGCCUGCGUCGGUGCCCUCACACGCAACGGCGGUAUCUACGGGCACUUGAAAGAAAACCCGACCGCCAUUGAGGGGGCCUUGAAAGCUGCGGCGCAGUGGCGUAACGCGGAAGCCACUUCUGGUGUUGUUUCAGAUGCUCCCAUAAUGUUCAACAGCGACCCAAGCAAGUGGACAGAAGAUAGCGAUGCUUUCUUCAGAGGAGCAUCUCAGUAUUACGGUACUUCGCGCGGAAAGCACCCACGAUCGACACAAAAGGUCCCACCUCAGAGUUCUGACAAGAUGAUAACCUACGACUCUUUCCGCUUCCAGUAUCUGAUCUCACCACGACCUCUACUGAUGAUCGCCGGGAGCGAGGCUGAGUCACUGCACUUUAGCCAGACUGCUGUCGCUCAGGCGAAGGAACCGAAGGAGCUGCUUGUUCUCCCGGGGACGAACCACUUUGAUCUGUACGAUGACUUGACUGUAUCUGGGCCAAAGCUUUCUGAGUUCUUUGGGAAGCACUUGAACUAA